CUCCAAACUCAACCACACCUGCCGAAGAGUGAGUCCCCCCCCCCUCCCCUCCAUAAAACUGCGAAGCCAUCCGUAUUCAGCCAGCUCUGUCCCUAUCAGAUACUACGGCAAAACCCCCUCCAGUCUCAUGGAUAAGAUCUGGGGGACCUCCUUCCACGUAUGUCGGCAGGUGCCCGGCGAGUCGUUCCGGGCGGCCAUGACCCGCCACGAACACUACCUCGCACUGCGACUUGGCCUUAAACCCGGCCAGAGAGUGCUCGACGUAGGCUGUGGCAUUGGGGGUCCCGCGCGGGAGAUCGCACGGUUUGCUGAAGUAGAGGUCUGCGGGAUCGAUAGCUGCCUCGCGCAUAUCCAGCGAGCACAGGCACUCACAGAGCCGAGCAACCUGUCGCCGGGCCAGGCGCGCUUCCUAGUCCGCAACUUCACCGCGACAAAUCUGCCCCAGGGCUCCUUUGAUCGGGCGUAUGCCAUAGAAGCGACAUGCUACGCACCGGACCUCACCGCCGUCUACGGGGAGGCAUUUCGAGUGUUGAAACCGGGGGGCGUCUUCGCGGUGUACGAAGUAGCGCUGACGGAGCGGUAUGACGACCAGUGUGCGGAGCAUCGAGAGAUCCUGCACCGCAUGGAGAGUGUCGCUGGAAAUCCGCACCUGAAGCCCACGGUGGAGGUCAUGGCGGCGAUGAAGGCAGUGGGAUUCGAGCUGCUUUCGGCGGAAGAUCUGGCAGACGCUCCCGGCAGCUUUCCGUGGUAUCGGUUGAUUGACGGCUCGUUCAAGCGGAUGGGUGGGUUUGGGGAGACCCUGGCCGGUGGGUGUCUGGCGGCUUUCUAUAAGACAUUUUCUUCGCGCUGGGGGCGCGACUUGCUCAAGUAUGGGGAGAUGGUGGGCAUUUUGGCGAACGGGAGACAAGGUCACGUAGAGGAGAUGAUUCAGGUGAUGCAGGCGUAUUGCAUCGCCGGGGAGGAAAAGCUGGUGACUCCGAUGUUUUUGAUGGUAGGGAGGAAGCCAGAGGUCUGAUGUGGUCAGCUUGCAGUACAAGAUUCCUCUUGAUGAAAG